GUCAGAUAAUUGACAAUCAUGACCCUUGACUUAUUUUAUGGAGGAAAAAGCCUUGUCAAUUAUUGUGAUCAUUUUGUGGUUUCUCUCUCCUCAGCUGUUCAGCAGAGGCAAUGGAGACAUCAUUGAAGUCAGAGGAACCAUGUCCUAACCCUCCUCCCUACUUCCUACCAGUCCAGGGUAAAGGAGAUGACAUGAGCAUCUCUCCCUUCACUCCUCCUCCUCCACCUGGUGCUAUGGGUGGUAGCUUCAUCAACCAGACCGAUACUGGUGGUGCUAGCCCUCCCAGGCAGAGGUUUGUCCAGCACUAUGAGACAGAGCUGGGUGAUUCUCCUGGUCUCAUCAGAUGUCCUUCCUGUCAGAACCAGGUGAUGAGUGAUGUCACUCACCACUCUGGAACCUUCUCCUGGACCAUGUGCCUGGUGUUCAUCCUCUGUGGGCUGUUGCUGGGAUGCUGUCUGAUCCCGUUUGUCUUAAAGAGUUUCAAGGAUGCCUAUCACACCUGUCCUCGCUGUCGCAUGGUCCUUCACAUCCACAGGAAGAGCUGUUGCCCCAUGAGCUCUGAACCCUCCUCCCUGACCCCCCGCAUAGGGUCAGGGUACCCUGGUCACGCCUGAUAUGGAGUGUGUGUGUGUGUGUGUGUGUGUGUGGUAUAUAAUGUGUGCAUCCCAAACGGAACCCCACAGUGCACAACUUUCCACUAGGCCCCAUAGGAGUAGGACCAUAGGGCCUGGCUCUGACAAAAAGUAGUGCACCAUAUAGGGGAGACUAGCAGGGCUUAGUGCACUAUAUAGGGGAGACUGUCGCACGUCUGACACAGGGCUUAGUGCACCAUAUAGGGGAGAAUAGCAGGGCUUAGUGCACUACAUAGGGGAGACUGUCGCACGUCUGACACAGGGCUUAGUGCACUAUAUAGGGGAGACUAGCAGGGCUUAGUGCACUAUAUAGGGGAGACUAGCAGGGCUUAGUGCACUAUAUAGGGGAGACUGUAGCACGUCUGACACAGGGCUUAGUGCACUACAUAGGGGAGACUAGCAGGGCUUCGUGCACUACAUAGGGGAGACUGUAGCACGUCUGACACAGGGCUUAGUGCACUAUAUAGGGGAGACUGUAGCAGGGUUUAGUGCACUAUAUAGGGGAGACUAGCAUGGCUUAGUGCACUAUAUAGGGGAGACUGUAACAAGGUUUAGUGCACUACAUAGGGGAGACUGUAGCACGUCUGACACAGGGCUUAGUGCACUAUAUAGGGGAGACUGUAACAAGGUUUAGUGCACUACAUAGGGGAGACUGUAGCACGUCUGACACAGGGCUUAGUGCACUAUAUAGGGGAGACUGUAGCAGGGUUUAGUGCACUAUAUAGGGGAGACUGUAGCAGGGCUUAGUGCACUAUAUAGGGGAGACUGUAGCAGGGCUUAGUGCACUAUAUAGGGGAGACUGUAGCAGGGUUUAGUGCACUAUAUAGGGGAGACUGUAGCAGGGCUUAGUGCACUAUAUAGGGGAGACUGUAGCAGGGCUUAGUGCACUAUAUAGGGGAGACUGUAGCAGGGCUUAGUGCACUAUAUAGGGGAGACUGUAGCACGGUUUUGUGCACUAUAUAGGGGAGACUGUAGCAUGUCUGACACAGGGCUCAGUGCGCUAUAUAGGGGAGACUAGCAGGGUUUAGUGCACUAUAUAGGGGAGACUGUAGCACAUCUGACACAGGGCUUAGUGCACUAUAUAGGGGAGACUGUAGCAGGGCUUAGUGCACUAGAUAGGGGAGACUGUAGCAGGGCUUAGUGUACUAUAUAGGGGAGACUGUAGCAGGGCUUAGUGUACUAUAUAGGGGAGACUGUAGCAGGGCUUAGUGCACUAUAUAGGGGAGACUGUAGCACGGCUUAGUGCACUAUAUAGGGGAGACUAGCAGGGUUUAGUGCACUAUAUAGGGGAGACUGUAGCAGGGCUUAGUGCACUAUAUAGGGGAGACUAGCAGGGUUUAGUGCACUAUAUAGGGGAGAAUGUAGCACAUCUGACACAGGGCUUAGUGCACUAUAUAGGGGAGACUGUAGCAGGGCUUAGUGCACUAGAUAGGGGAGACUGUAGCAGGGCUUAGUGCACUAGAUAGGGGAGACUGUAGCAGGACUUAGUGCACUAUAUAGGGGAGACUGUAGCAGGGUUUAGUGUACUAUAUAGGGGAGACUGUAGCAGGGCUUAGUGUACUAUAUAGGGGAGACUGUAGCAGGGCUUAGUGUACUAUAUAGGGGAGACUGUAGCAGGGCUUAGUGCACUAUAUAGGGGAGACUGUAGCACAUCUGACACAGGGCUUAGUGCACUAUAUAGGGGAGACUGUAGCAAGGCUUAGUGCACUAUAUAGGGGAGACUGUAGCAGGGCUUAGUCCACUAUAUAGGGGAGACUGUAGCACAUCUGACACAGGGCUUAGUGCACUAUAUAGGGGAGACUGUAGCAGGGCUUAGUGCACUAUAUAGGGGAGACUGUAGCACAUCUGACACAGGGUUUAGUGUACUAUAUAGGGGAGACUGUAACAGUGUUUAGUGCACUAUAUAGGGGAGACUGUAGCAGGGCUUAGUGGAACUAUAUAGGGGAGACUGUAGCAGGGCUUAGUGGAACUAUAUAGGGGAGACUGUAGCAGGGCUUAGUGUACUAUAUAGGGGAGACUGUAGCAGGGCUUAGUGUACUAUAUAGGGGAGACUGUAGCAGGGCUUAGUGUAAUAUAUAGGGGAGACUGUGGCAGGGUUUAGUGCACUAUAUAGGGGAGACUGUAGCAGGGUUUAGUGUACUAUAUAGGGGAGACUGUAGCAGGGCUUAGUGUAAUAUAUAGGGGAGACUAGCAGGGCUUAGUGUACUAUAUAGGGGAGAUUAGCAUGUUUGACACAGGGCUUCGUGCACUAUAUAGGGGAGACUGUAACAGGGCUUAGUGUACUAUAUAGGGGAGAUUAGCAUGUUUGACACAGGGCUUCGUGCACUAUAUAGGGGAGACUGUAACAGGGCUUAGUGCACUAUAUAGGGGAGACUGGAGUAUGUCUGACGCAGGGUUUAUAUCGUCUCAUCUCUACAGCACCGCCUGUUGGUGUCUGACGCAGGGCUUAUAUCGUCUAGUCUCUAUAGCACCGCCUGUUGGUGUCUUAGGCAGGGUUUAUAUCGUCUCGUCUCUACAGCACCGCCUGUUGGUGUCUGACGCAGGGCUUAUAUCGUCUAGUCUCUAUAGCACCGCCUGUUGGUGUCUUAGGCAGGGUUUAUAUCGUCUCGUCUCUACAGCACCGCCUGUUGGUGUCUUAGGCAGGGUUUAUAUCGUCUCGUCUCUACAGCACCGCCUGUUGGUGUCUUACGCAGGGUUUAUAUCGUCUCGUCUCUACAGCACCGCCUGUUUGUCUGACGCAGGGUUUAUAUCGUCUCGUCUCUACAGCACCGCCUGCUGGUGUCUGACGCAGGGUUUAUAUCGUCUCGUCUCUACAGCACCGCCUGCUGGUGUCUGACGCAGGGUUUAUAUUGUCUCGUCUCUACAGCACCGCCUGCUGGUAUCUGAUGCAGGGUUUAUAUCGUCUCUACAGCACCGCCUGCUGGUAUCUGACGCAGGGUUUAUAUCGUCUCGUCUCUACAGCACCGCCUGCUGCCUAAUCUGUGAUGUUACCUUUUAAACAAUGUCUUUCUUUUUCAACGUGUUCUGUGAAGACUUAAUAAAAUAAUAAAUCAAUCAGCUUUUUAACAUGUCCCAGUUGAUCUGUGUGUUAUCUGGAAUAACUUUUGAAAAUGAUGAAUUAUUAAAGAACCAAUGAACACCUA